UAGCAGGAAGGGAUCUGAUUGAUAGUUUUUUGUUUUCUUCUGUUUCCCCCUCUGUCACUCCACUAUAGCAAAAAAAAAAAGAAAAGCGACAUCACAUUACAUAUUAAAAAAAAAAACUUAGAAUGAGAAAAAAGAAAACCAUUUCUUCACCAUUGUUGAUGGAGUGAGAAACCUCCUUCCCAUCUCAUUUCUUGUUUCUCUUCACAACCCAAUAAGGUCAAAUGAAUUUGUAGGUUGCAUGUUAACUUACCCUUCAAGUCUACAUCUUUUAUCAACCCUUUAGAUUCUCUCUUUUGUUCUUAUCCUUUCACAUAAAGAAUAGAAAAAAAAAUCAGAUCUUUCCUUCUGCUUUUCCACAAAGUUGGAACCUUUGAGAAGCUAUGGAUCGAAGAGAAGCAAUGGGCUCUUACUACAUCCAGAGAGGCAUGCCUGGUCCUGGCCCUCCUCCUCCUCCUUCGCAAACUCAACAGCCAUUUCAGGGGUCACAAGGGUUUCACCAUUUCUCCAACCCCAAUUACCAGACUCAAGGAGGCGGCUCCACUGGGUUCGUGUCUCCUCCUUUGCAAAUGGAGUCUUCUCCGGUUGAUUCUUCAGCGGUGGCUCCUCCUCCUCCUCCUACUUCCGGUGAGACGUCUCUGAAGAGGAAGAGAGGGAGGCCAAGGAAAUACGGACAAGACGGUUCUGUUUCCUUGGCAUUGUCUCCUUCAGUGGGCUCCUCCAUGUCUCCAAACUCGAACAAACGUGGUCGUGGUAGACCUCCUGGCUCCGGCAAGAAGCCUAGACUUGCUUCCAUCGGUGACUUGAUGCCUUCAUCGUCAGGGAUAAGCUUCACGCCGCACGUAAUCGUAGUUUCAGUUGGUGAAGACAUAGCAUCAAAAGUACUGUCUUUUUCUCAGCAAGGUCCAAGAGCUAUCUGUGUAUUAUCCGUUAUUGGUGCAGUCUCUACUGCAACUCUUAUUCAACCAGCACCGUCCCAUGGAGCUAUAACCUACGAGGGCCGUUUCGAGCUCGUAUCUCUAUCACUUUCUUAUCUGAACUCAAAUGACAAUGACUACUCAAACCGCACUGGAAACCUAGCGGUCUCACUCGCUAGCUCUGAUGGUCGUGUCAUUGGUGGUGGAAUUGGUGGGCCUCUAAUAGCAGCAAGCCAUGUUCAGGUUAUCGUUGGAAGCUUCCUUUGGGCAGUUCCUAAAGGGAAGAUUAAAAAACGAGAUGAAGAUGUCCAGGACACUGAUGCUUUGGAGAACAACAAUGACAACACGGCAGCACCAGCGUCGCCUCCUGUUCCUCAGAGCCUUGUUCAGACUCCUGUAGGCAUGUGGUCAACCGGUUCGAGAUCGAUGGAUAUGCAUCACGCUCAUAUGGACAUUGAUCUAAUGCGCGGAUGAUGAUGAUUCAUGUGUGUAUAUAAAUAACCAUUGAAAAUCUAGGAGAAGAAGACUUUAAGCUAACCUCUCUUAGAGAAUUGUCUUUUGGUUUUAUGCCUAGGAAACAAAAGACUUGUAGUGAUUUUUCAGAACUCAUGUGUGUUUGGUUUCAUAUUAUAUGUUUAUUGCAUUCUACAACA